AUGAUGCUCACUUUGACGACAUACAGCGAUUUGAAUAACUUGGAAUACCUCAUAGGCGGAGUUCAAGAGCCACAAGAUCUUAAUCAGUUGAAAGAAGUAAUCACCUCGCUUCAACUGCAUAUUCGUUCUUCGUUGCUUGACCAAAUGCAUGCUACUACAUUAUCCGAGGUGGAGUUCGUCGCUCUACUAGGGCUCACUCUUUGGUCUCCUAGAACGCAUCGAGGUUGUGAGAAAGCGGAACGAAUCGCUAGCAAUUACCGAGCACAAAUCUUCUACGGUCUGCAUGAAUACUAUCGCGAUGAACGGAAAAUGGACAACUACGCGAACCGGUUCGGUGAUAUUAUGUGCUUAUUCGUCGAUGCUCAGAUGAAUGCCACCCGAAUAGGAGAAGACGUCGAGCUUCUGAAGUUGUUCAACAUGUACAAAAUCGACAGCACCAUCUACGAAUGCCUCAAUGGACAUUCUAAACGACUGUAG